AUGGCGGUCUUCCUGUGGUGGAGGGGGGGGGCGCUGCUUCCUCUGGGCUUCACCUGGCGCAGGAAGCGCCUUCGCUCGGCAGGAGAGGAAGACGAGGAGGCGCCCGGCUGGGCAGUGAGACCGAACCCUGAAGGCCAGCAGGAGCAGGAGCAGGAGCAGGAUCGGGAUCAGGAUCGGGAUCGGGAUCGGGAUCGGGAUCGGGAGUCGGAGAUCAACCGACAUUCCCUCAGCGCAUCACGGCCCCCCCUCGCCCCCUCAAAGUUAGACCUCAGGUCGCCUAAAAGGUUCCCCAGGCUCCUGGAGCAGGAGGAUGUGGCGUAUAGCUCUUUCCUAUUGGAUGAACUCCAGAAGGCCCCUCCCCUCCAUGUUCCUGACGCCUCCCUCCCCAGGCUGAGACGCCUCGCUCACGGCUCCGUUUGGGGGGUGACCUCUGACCCCCCGGUGAAGCAGCAGCGAUGGUCGUUCGAUGAGCAGCGGGGGGGCGGAGUUCACAGCACCUACCUGGGAGGGGGCGGGGCCAAAGGGCAGGCCAUGCCCCUCCCCCUGAGUGCUCAGCUGGAGGGGGUGUGGAGGGUCCACUGCUGCUCCCCUGGACUACAGGACACUACGGCUGCAGGAGGCGAGAAGCCUGCCGCCCACAGCAUCGCCACCCAAACCUGCCGCCCUCCGUCUGCCGCCGCCAACUUCUUCAACAGGGCGGCUCAGAGGCUCAGUCUGUCCCGCAGGAGGAGGUCCCCCCCCCCGCUGGCCCCCACCCCCCCCAUCGAGUCCCAGGGGCCCCUGCUGUACACCGGGGGCUUCAGCGUGGCCCUGCAGCUCUCACCCCCCCCCAUCCCACCAGGCCUCCUGCGGGCUGGCAGCAGCAAGGUCAAAGACACGCCGGGGAUGGGGAAGGUCCGGGUCAUGGUCCGGGUGUGCUCGGCCCUCAGCGAGUCGAUGGACUCCAUGUCUCUGCUGAAGCUGGACGGCAGGAAGAAGCUGCUGACGCUCAGCGAGGCGUCGGCCGGACCGAGGAGACCCGCCGCUCCCAAGACCUUCACCUUCCACAACAUCUUCUCCCAGGAUGCAUCACAGGCCGAGGUGUGUUCGGGGGCGGUGACUGAGGUUAUCCAGGCGGUGGUGAACGGAGCAGACGGCUGCGUCUUCAGCUUCGGACACGCUAACCUGGGUAAGACGUACACUAUGAUUGGUCGGGACUGCUCCACCCAGAGUCUGGGCGUCGCCCCCACAGCCAUCUCCUGGCUCUUCAAGGUGAUGGAGGACCGGAGGGAGAAGUCCGGCGCUGGCUUCUCCGUCAGGGCGUCGGCCGUGGAGAUCUCCGGCCGCGAGGAGGCGCUCACCGACCUCCUGGCUGACCAGCAGGGGGCGCUCACCCACCUCCUGGCUGACCUCGCCUGCUCCUCAGCGGGGGGCCAGCAGGGGGCCGUGACGCUGAGAGAAGACCCCCUCUGUGGAUCCCAGCUGCAGAACCAGACGGAGUUGCGGGCGACCAAUGCGGAGCAAGCAGCGUUUCUAUUGGACGUGGCGGUGGCAGCGAGGAGGAGCAGCCGGUCCCCAUUGGACCAGGAGGCCCGGAGGAACUCCCACUUCCUGUUUACUCUGCACCUCAGCCAGGAGCGGAAGGACAACAAGGCAGCAAGUCAGUGCACCAUCAGCCAAUCAAAUAUCAGACUUCGUCUCCACCUGCUGGAUUUGGGGAGCUGUGAGACGGACAUCAGCCGGACGAGGGAGGGGGGGGGAGGUCAGUGCCUCUCUCUGUCGGCGCUGGGGAACGUCGUCCUCGCUCUCGCCAACGGGGCCAAACACGUCCCCUACAGGGACAGUAAGCUCACCAUGCUGCUCAGUGAGUCUCUCAGCAACAUCAACUGUCGAACCACCAUGAUCGCCCACAUCUCCGACUCCCCGCUGAACUACAUGGAGACGCUGACCACCGUGCAGCUGGCCUCCCGCAUCCACCGCAUGAGGAAGAAGUCCAAGAAUGCCUCCAGCUCAUCCGGGGGGGACAGUUCCUGCGAGGAAGGCCCUUCCCAUCGUCCUCCUCAUCCUCGACCCCUCCACCCCAAAAUUGUGGCCCUGGACCCGGACACGCCCCUGCUGCUCUCCAGCGACCCCGACUACUCCUCCAGCAGCGAGCACUCCUGCGACACUGUGAUUUACGUCGGGCCCGCGGGGGGGGCCAUCUCGGACCGAGAGCUGAGCGACAACGAGGGACCCCCGUCCUUCAUUCCCAUCAUCCCCUCCCUUAACAAAAAGCGAGUAAAAGAUGCUUCCAGGCCUGACCGCGAACACCUGAAGUGCAACACGUUCGCAGAGCUGCAGGAGAAACUCGACUGCAUUGACGCUCCGGCCACGCUCAGCACGGAGGCCAAAGCUGACCACGCAGUGCUCCGGAUCCAAGCUGGGUCAAAGCCCGCAGAGGCCACGUCCCCACCCACUGAAGGGAUUUCCUCCCCCGUGUUCUUAGAAAGCACAACAACCACACAAUUCCCCUCAGCCGGCCACCUCCUGGAAACUUCCAAACGGACCAGUGCAGAUGGGGAGAAACUUACAGACACCCCCUUUGCGUCAUGUGUGGAAAAGCAAGGUGGGGCUUUUCCCUGGGACUCAGAGCCUGUGGUGCGGGAGAAGACCUACUUUAGAGGAGGGGUUCCCAAGCCCUCAGCCUCACCAUCCUUACCCAGGACAUCAAGGGAGGCAUUUCAGCCUGCAGAGGUUGUAGGCACGACUCCCCCUGUUGGAAUGAGUCAGAAAGCACUGAGGCAAGGCCAACCGCUGGGCUCCCCCAACAUGGAGAGGGCCCACCAUCUCCGGGCUGCUCUGUUAGGAAGAUGCCUUGACAGGGAUUUUCUGAGGACUACGGUGACUCUGCAGCAGCCUGUGGAGCUGAACGGGGAGGAUGAGCUCGUGUUCACAUUCGUGGAAGAGCUUCCUCUUGGUCUUGUCCCAGACAACGGCCGCCCCUCCAACCUCCUGAGCUUCAACAGGGACUGCUCUCUGCAGGCGUCACGGCCUGUCAGCAUCAUCAGCAGUAUCAACGACGAGUAUGAUGCUUACACAUGUCUACAGGGAGCGGUGGGACCUGGGGAUGAUGCUGACACUGUGAUGUUAUCCCAACAUGACGGCAAAGAGUCAACUGCUGUCCCGUGGCCAAGUGAGGUAAGUGCUGGUUCAGCAGGAAGUGAAGACACUCGUUCAACAAGCAGGCUUUUCUUAAGGAACAGAAACAUAAGCGCUCCAGAGUUUGUGCCCUCGCUUUCCUCUGCAAGUUUCUUUCAUAGACCGACGUUGCAGCCAGGCUCCCUGAAUGACAGCGGCGUCUGUUUCUCAGAGCUCGACAGUGACCCAGCCACUCCAGAGAAACCUUCUUUUACCAAGUGCCCUCCAUCCCCCAACUCAACCAAAGCCUCUCUGAAGGUGCGAGCCAGUACCCUGAACUCUUCAGUGUCAGAGCAGAUUCCCCAUCAUGCCGCCCAUUCCAGUCUUCCCAGGAAAAACAAGCCUACCUCAUCCACAGCAGUGGGCUGCAGCCGGCAGGAAGGUGGACUCUGUGAGUCUUUGUUUCAGGGAGGAAGUCAAUUCCAUCCCACAGAGUUUCUCUCUGAAGGCAAGCCUCCAAGAAGCGGCACAAGUACUGUUUCCUGUAAGAGGCCCGGAGGUAGUAGUGUAUCUCGUCCACCAAAGGCACAAAUAUUCUCUUCUGCUCACAGGGUUGUGGAUGGUUGUGAGAAGUCCAGCAGCAGGAGAGGAGAAACUCUCAUCAGGCUGCCACGACUCACCCGAGGUGCAACCACUCUGGGAACCGUUUCCAUCCCCCAGACAUCCGAAUCAAGGUGGGGUCAUGAGGGCCCUUCACUGACGGGCACCCUGAGGUUUUUAUCCCUAGGAAAAAAGUCUAACGGGCAGAAAAGCAACAUGUUCUUCAAGUCAGGAUCUGGGAACAUCUCCCCUACUGUGCCACCGGUCAGACAGUCGAGUCAAGAACUACAGACCAGAAAUGCACAUUCUCCAAGUGCCUUAAAAACAACCAGUGAGUUUGAAAAGUCCUUGUUCCCUAAAACCUCAACCUCAGAUGAAGAGUUAAACCCCAGGCUGCGAGCAGAGUCAUUCAGCCACAGGAGUUUAAAAACUGAACACGGCCCAGCCAGGAUGUCUUCCAGCCUGAAGACAUGCGGGGCCAAAGCAGAGGCCAGCAGGUACUACGGGAGUCUGGUGUCUCUAGAGAGGGGUGACGGUCUAAACUUGGCUGGGUCCAGGCAGAACAGCAGUGCUACAUUAGGAGGUGACAGCAGACCCAAUAGACCCGGGGUUCCAGCCUCCACCUCUGCUUCCUCUCCCUCUCCUGUGUUCUCCACCACAAGCAAACUGGGGCAGGUCAAAGGCAACGGCAGCCCUCGAGCAGCAGUUUCUGGUGGUACCAAGGCUCAGACUCUAUCUGCCAGCAGUUCCAAGAGCAUGAGCUCCUCCCCUGAACCUCUUGCUAAUGCAGCUGGACGCAACACCAGCCUGCCUCCUACCAGUAAGUCUCCCGCUCGGUCGGGGGAAGGAGCCAGGACGGGAAGAGGCACCAUCAUGGGUACAAAGCAGGCCCUCAGCAGAGCUCCUAACAGCCGUGUUACCGAGCUAGCCACUGGUAGCCAGAGGAAGCAGCUCAGCAGGGGGCCUGAAGUAACAGGAAGUGAUGGCACUGACAGCGGGACCAGUAGUGUGAGCGGGUCGCCAAACAACUCACCGCUACCAUCCCCUUACAGCAAGAUCACGGCGCCUCGGAGGCCGCAGCGCCACAGCAGCGGACACGGCAGCGACAACAGCAGCAUCCUGAGCGGGGAGCUGCCGCCCGCCAUGGGCCGCACCGCCCUGUUCUACCAUAGCGGGGGGAGCAGCGGCUACGAGAGCAUGAUCCGGGACAGCGAGACCACGGGCAGCACCUCCUCAACCCACGACUCCAUGAGCGAGAGCGGGGUGUCCACGUCCAACAGAAGCAGAGUUUCUAAAUCGCCAAAGAAGAGAGGAAACGGUUUCCUGCGGCGGCGCCUGAUCCCGGCCCCCCUCCCGGACCCCUCCUCUCUGGGCAAGAGGCCGGGGGGGCAGUGGGCGGACCAGAAGGAGCCGUUUGAAAUUAAACUCUACGAGAUCGACGAGGUGCAGCGACACCAGAGGAGGAGGGAGGCGGAGGUGAGGCACCAAGAGCAAUGACCUCCGUUUCACCAUGUGGAAAAGGGUCUGAUCUACUUCACCGGCCGGCUGAGGAUGCUGGAGAAGCGGCAGGAGCAGAUCAGGGAGCUGAGCAGCAAACACCAGCGGCUGAAGGAGGAGCUGGAGGAGGCCAAGAGCCGGCUGAGCCUCCCCCCCGCCAAGUGGACCGGAGAGUUCGAGGUGGACCAGGACCUGGAUCGGGGGUCUCAGGAGUUUCUGGAGGCUCUGCUUCGGACCACAGAGGACCUGCAGGACUGCGUCAGCCUCUGCAAGUCCCGCGUCAUGAUGGAGACGUGCUUCGACACCGCCACGCAGGACGAGCAGCAGGGGGUGGGAGAGGAGGCGACACGGAGUAGAAAGGUGGUGUAGUACCACCGUUUGGCCACUACGGAGAUCUGCUGCUUCAACGGCCGGCGCUCUUCCUGGGUUCAGUGAACGAUUCACCUAGAAAGAAAGGCCAUCAUCUCUAAUGGCAGUAUCCAGCUCUUAUGAUGCAAACAUGGCGCCCGCUGUGGGGCGGAGGGAGAGAGUCAGAGAGGAGGGAUGAGGAGAUGAUGAAGAAAAACACUGACCUCCUUCAGAUCAGCAGAACACAUGGGACAGCCUCUUUCAUCCACACGGAGGGAAACGUGUCGGGAUGAAACCUCUCUGGACGUGCCUUUAUAUUUAUCAUCUAGUUUAACAUGUUUUUAUCAUUUGUUUGUUUUUGUUUGUAUGUUUAUCAUGUCUGGUUCUCAUGGUGCUGACAUUACAAACAAACUUCCUGUGAAUUCUUU